UCACCAAAAACCAUCGACAACGCAUUCGACAUACCUACGCUCGGAAAUUGAUGCCGCCCCGUGAGAAGCAUAGGAAGAAAUGGCGUGAUUCUCUACAUACCCUGAUAGAGCAAGUUGAGAGUCCCGGCAAUGAUUUUUCCAGGCAUUUGCUGAUGGAAUUUUCUCUGUACUUAUACUUUGCAACGGAAAGCCAAUACAGCAAUGUCCCCCAGGCUCUCCAAAAGUCUCCGCUCCAGACUUCAGAGCAGUAUGAUGAACAGAACGUUGGGUUCUUCGUACAUCGCCGAUUGUACUGUGAUUCAGUGUGCACGGUUGUGCCCGAGCUUCAAGACCUAUUCGACCUGGUCGUUCUGCUUUGUAGGGAGAAGAUUCGGGCUCAGAUGUCCGCACCCCUGUCAAUAACUCUUCCGGCUGGGCCAACCAAUGGCGAUAUCGACAAAGCCAUGAGGAUAGCUUUCCAGAUUGGUGAUCAGAAAGCUAAUCUCGAGGACGUGGAGGGGGAGACGAAUCAUCUCGUCGACGGCUCACUCGUGCGUCCUUCUUUGACACCGAGUCUGGUCGCCGACUUGAUGGAGUUGAACGGAUACCAGCUCUAUCCCGACCGACAAAAAGAAGAAGAGUUAGAAAAAGGGUUAUACUGGGAACAGGAGAACGAAGUAACACAAUUAUUACAGAUGAGGAGAUAA